UCAGAUGCGGAAGAGGGAUGCAAAGGAGAUGGCUGAACUUAGAUAGCCCUGUGUUUGUGGAUAUCUUCAUCAUGGAGCUUUUCCAGAGGACAGAGUGGAGCAGAGGGCGACUGCUUGUCCUCUCGCUUGUACUUGGAUGGUGUUUCGGAUCCGUGAAAUGUUUCGGGCAGAGCCUGGACAGCGAGUUAACGUUUCUGCUGCCAGCUGGAAGAUCCGAGUGUUUCUUUCAGACGGCAAUCAAAAAUGGUACGAUGGAGGUCGAAUAUCAGGUCAUAGCAGGUGCAGGUAUGGACGUAGACUUCACCAUCCUCACUCCAGAUGGCAUCAUGGUUGUCAUUGAGUCAAGACGCUCUGACGGAGUCCAUGUGGUGGAGCCGACGGAGGCGGGGGACUAUCAGAUCUGCUUUGACAACGGCUUCAGUCGCUUUUCAGAGAAGAUGGUGUUUUUCGAGAUCAUCAUUGAGGGCCAAGGAGGUGAUGUGGGAGGAGAUGAGGAGUGGGCAGGACUAGAUGAGCCUGAUGGAAGCCUUCUGGAGUACAAGCUGGAGGACAUCCGGGAGUCCAUGGACUCUCUACACAGACGCUUGGAGCGCAGCCGGCAGAUGCAAACAGUGCUGCGAGCUUUUGAGGCACGGGACCGAAACCUCCUGGAGGACAAUCUGUGGAGGGUGUCUUUCUGGUCCUGUGCCAGCAUGUUGGUGAUGCUGUGUGUGGCCCUCACACAGGUCUACACUGUCCGUAAACUGUUUGACGACAAGCGGAGAGUCUGCACAUAGAGACAAGAGAGACCGCCUGGGAGAAAAACAAAAUGUUCAACUGGUUACUUGUCAGAUACAGGUCCACUACUUUUCAUUCUGUCCAUGCAUGGAGCAGCUGAUUGAGAGCAAUAAUGACCUAUUGUUACAUCAGGGAGAGUAGCCAGAUGCUUUAAAGGAAGUUUAAUUUAUUUCAUUUUGAUGCGUUUAAUAUCAAAUCUCACCCUAAAGUAAUGAGGAACUUCUAUCUAAAAGGCACAUUUAUUUACAAAACAGUAUAGAUCAGUGCAGAUCUCUGCUGUUGAAAUUAGUGAGAGAAUUUUGGACCUCACAAUAGGUGGAACAUUUCUUCCCUAAUGAAAAAGACGGUUUAAAUGACAAAUAUUAAAAUGUGAUUUGCAGAACUUCUAGUUAACCAAUUUAAGGGGAUAACGGUGUGCAAUAGUGUUGUUGGCGUAUUUGUUCUUCCUUAUAAUUUAGGAAUCUUUCAUAUUUGUUAUUCUUCCUUGGCUAUACUCCUUUAGUUUGUGUUGAAAAGUUACUGACUUAUUUUAACGUGCCAGUUUAAAGUCAAUGCUGAGAUGACGACAAAAAGAAUGUAAAGAAAGUGUGAGACUUAAAGUUUGAUAAAUGCCAAUAUGAACUUCUAUGUCUGAGCUAAUCCUGAUCAAUAAGUGGUAGGUACAGGUUUGCCACUUCAGAAGUACUGAUCAGAAUGUGUCGGUAUAAACUCACUGAUUGUUAGUUUGUUUGAGCUUUUAAAAUCACCAAACUCACUUUUUUAGAUGUACGUGUGUCAAAAUGAUGUGAUCUUUGGUUUUGCUUAGUCAGCAGGUGUUUUUUUUUCUAAGAACAGUUUCAGUACAUCAAGUAAGGUUUUCAUGGAUGUCAUCAAUAUGAAUAAAUGCAUUUUUUUACACUGAAA